AAAAACAGCCGCUUCAUUUACAGCCUGCAGCCAUGAAACUGUUUCAAAGACGAGAAUUACUGAAGUAGUAAAACUCAGAACUGGAUCUCGUGGACCCGGACCACGACCUGGUCCGUGAGCAGCCCGGUUCUCCUCUCCGGUUCUCCUCUCCGGUUCUCCGCUCUGUCGGGAGAAAUCCGUGUUGAAAAAAUGCGCUUCUGGAAGGAUUUUCUAUCCUCUGGUCCGACCAACGUUCUGCUGUUUCCAGCAGUUCGGAGCCGGGCCGCCAUCUCCAUGGCAACAGCGCCGGGCCGCCAUCUCCAUGGCAACAGCAGGUGUGAAGUCUCACUCAGAGCCGGAAAAGUCCGACGUUUUGUUUCCUCUGGUCGCUUUAAUUCAGCUUCAGAGAGUUUUUCUUCCUCCGAUGACCUGAAGUUUGUCUGAACCAUGAACAGCAUCCCUCUGAUGCUGAUGGCAGCGUGUCUGCUCAUGACUUCAGAACCUGGAAGCUGCUAUGAAAAACGACGGGUGACCUGUGAAGGUUCUGUGGCUCGUCUGUACUGUGGUGAACGAUACGUUAUCUCCGUCCUCAGGGCUGAUUAUGGACGCCACGACAGAACCAUAUGUUCCUCUGGGCGACCGGCCUCUGAGAUCCAGAAUGUCCACUGCUCACGGCUCUCUGGAAAAGUAGCUGAACGCUGUAACGGGAAACAUGACUGUUCCAUCACAGUCAGCAGCUCAGUGUUUGGAGACCCCUGUAUUGGAACCUACAAGUACCUGGAUGUGACUUACACCUGUGAAGAACCUGGAGACGGGUCCCAUGAAGUUGACACUGAUCUGGUGCCACCUGGGAACAGAUCUCAUGAAGUUGACACUGAUCUGGUGCCACCUGGGAACACGUCCCAUGAAGUUGAUUCUGACCUGGCACCACCUGGAAACAGAUCUCAUGAAGUUCACUCUGUGACCUGUGAGGGUGCUGUGGCUAACCUGACAUGUGGUGAAGGACUCGUUAUCUCCGUCCUCAUGGCUGAUUAUGGACGCCAUGACAGAACCACAUGUUCCUCUGGGCGACCGGCCUCUGAGAUCCAGAAUGUCCACUGCUCACGGCUCUCUGGAAAAGUAGCUGAACGCUGUAACGGGAAACAUGACUGUUCCAUCACAGCCAGCAGCUCAGUGUUUGGAGACCCCUGUAUUGGAACCUACAAGUACCUGGAUGUGACUUACACCUGUGAAGCACCUAGAAACUGGUCCCAUGAAGUUCACUCUGUGGCCUGUGAGGGCGCUGUGGCUUACCUGAAGUGUGGUGAAGGACUCAUUAUCUCCGUCCUCAUGGCUGUAUAUGGACGCCAUGACAGAACCACAUGUUCCUCUGGACAAUUGGCCUAUCAGAUCCAGAAUGUCCACUGCUCACGGCUCUCUGGAAAAGUAGCUGAACGCUGUAACGGGAAACAUGACUGUUCCAUCACAGCCAGCAGCUCAGUGUUUGGAGACCCCUGUUUCGGGACAUACAAGUACCUGGAUGUGACUUACACCUGUGAAGUCCCAUCAGCCACCACUGCUCCAGCACCAGACACACCAGAAACCCAGAGUCCUGGUUGUGAAGGAUCCCCUCCAUUCAGAUGGCCUCCUAUGACCUGCAGCAGGUUUUUAGUGCUGCUUGUGGUCGGAGGUUCUGUGCUGAUCGGAGGAAUGUUGGCCGUCGUCAUUCUGCUUCUUUACAAACUGAAGAAGAAGAAUCAGAAAAUCAGGAACAAGGAGGUGAACGUCUCUGACUCUUCCUGUCUCUUUUCAGCUGUCCAGAAAACGUCGUUACCAUUUCAGAAAUUCUCCAAAUCAGUCCUUUCCAAUCCUAUCUCUGAUCUCAAAUCUCAUUUUUGUGAAUCUAAUGAACAGCAGCAACAUCAGCUACAAUCUAAACCAGUGAAAGUGUGAAAACCAGAUCAUUAACAUGAUUAUGAAAUGAAAUGAAAUGUAUUUAUUUUGAACAUGAAAUUAACAGACAGCUAAUGCAGCUUAUUGUCAUUGUUUUGGUGAUUUUUUUUGUACUUAAAUUCUGCUUUACCUUCCAGUCUGCCCGACGACCCAGAGUCUGAAACCGGACAACUCAGUUCAAGAACAACCCCGCUUGGCACUUAGAUCACCUAAGGACAGAAGAAGAGCAAAAACAAAAAUAAAGAGCUGAACUUUUUUGGUUGAACUGCAGGCAGUGUUUUCAUGUAUGAUGUAAUGCAGUAAUGUCGGAAUAAAUACCAAAUUUCA